GGAUUUUACCAUUGUGUUACCAAUCUUUACUUUAAUGGGUCCAUUAUUGAUGUAUUGUGCUUAGAUCAAUUCAGAUCGAUUUUUUUUUAAACCCAGUCCUACUUUCAGGUGCACCUUGUGGUUUGAAAAAUAGGGUGAAGUCAGACGUUGCGGUUCCUUUUGGGUCGUACUCAGUGAAAAAUCGACCCAAGUGUUGAAGGUUGCAGAUGUUUGGACCAUACUCUAAGUAAAGCAACAUGAUUUGUGUGUCCAUUUUCCUGCUGCUGACCCUCAGCAGAGCGGGGCUGUGCUCCCUGCAGGAGAAGCAGAACGACUUCGGCCUGAAGGUCUUCUCUCAGGUGGCUGAGGACUCUGUGGAUCAGAACCUGGCCUUGUCUCCGUACGGCGUGGCCUCCGUCGUGGCCAUGGCUCAGAUUGGCGCUGACGGAGACACUUACAGGGCCUUGACUGCAGCCAUGGGCUUUUCUCUGAGAGAUCGCGGGAUGCCUCGGCAGCAGCGCUUCCUGCAACGGGACCUGGCCAGUGAGGAGGGGGUCAAUAUCGCCAGUGGGGUGAUGGUGGAAAGAAAGAUGAGCCUGGAAAAGGGGUACCGCCGGGCCCUGGCCAAGACCUUCCAGACCCACCCCCACCAGGUGGACUUCACAAAGUCGGACGAGGCCGUCAACAUCAUCAACGCCUGGGUCUCUGACCACACUGCAGGUUCCAUCCAGGACUUCUUGGCGUCUGGAUCUUUGAGUGACGAGACCCGCAUGGUCCUCCUGAAUGCCCUCCAUUUCCAGGGCCUUUGGAAGGUCCCCUUCAACCCCAAACUGACACAGGAGAGGAUGUUCCACUGUGCCAACGGCAGCAAGGUGCCCGUGCCGAUGAUGAGACUUACAAACCGCUUCAACUAUGGAGAGUUUGUGACUCCUGAAGGGCUGGACUACGAUGUGAUUGAAGUGCCGUAUGAGGGCGACACGCUGAGCAUGCUGCUGGUGUCCCCCUUUGAGCACGAUGUCCCACUGGGCAGGCUCAGUGCAGAUCUGAGCAGCCAGAAGAUCAGGCAGUGGAGGUCCGGGAUGAGGAAAGUGAACCGGCAGCUGGCCAUGCCGAGGUUUUCUCUGAACUCUGAACUGAACAUGAAGACUGCUCUGAACAAGAUGGGACUGGGAGACAUGUUCAACCUGGCCACGGCCGACUUCACACGGAUUACCUCGGAUGAGAGGCUCUGCGUGUCCAAAGUCCUGCAGAGAGUAACGAUUGAAGUGAACGAGCAAGGAACCAAGGCAGCAGCUGCUACAGCUGCAGUGAUGUUCUCUCGCAUGGCCGUGGAGGAGAUCACCCUGGACCGACCAUUCCUCUUUCUCAUUCAGCACAAGGCCACAGGUGUUGUUCUCUUCAUGGGUCACUUCAACCAUCCAGAACACCAAUGAUUUUCACGAUGCUCUGCUGUCGUCCCACUGUGUGAGACUCCUGCUGCUCAGAACUCAUGUUCAGGACUCGACACAAGACUCCGAGAAUCCGCCUCCCCCGAGUUUUCCUCAUGAACAAAAGCUGAAACCACAUUUGUUCAACACUGACUGAGACUUUGACGAGAGUUUGUUUGUUUACUGUUAAUUUAUUUAUAUGAAGUUUUAUUUUUUAAGAAGAUGAAAGAAAGAAACUUUACGAGAACAAAAUGUUGACACUGAUUCCCCACAUUUGUACAGAUGAUAUUUGACCAAACUUUAAGUGUCAUGUGUAUUUUUGUUGUUUCCUACAAAGCUUCAUCUGUAUUUUUGCUGGUUUUUUUAUAUUUAUUAAAGUUUUAUGAAUUUGCA